AUGCUGAAGCUGCACCUGCUGCUGACCGUGCUGCACGGUCUGGUAACAAGUACCUACCGGUACAAGAUACUCCCCAACCCAGCGGCCAGUUUCAAUGAUCCCGAAGCUAUUGUAUAUAACACAGUGACGGCCAUACAGAGCAAGCACGACUGGAACCAGCACGACUGCAGCAACCACGACUGGAGCCAGCACGACUGCAACAACCACGACUGCAGCCAGCACGACUACAGCAACCACGACUGCAGCAACCACGACUGCAGCAACCACGACUGCAGCAACCAAGACUCCAGCCAGCACGACUGCAGCAACCACGACUGCAGCAACCACGACUGCAGCAACCACGACUGCAGCAACCACGACUCUAGCCAGCCCGACUGCAACCACGACUACAGCAAUCACGCCUGCAGCAAUCACGACUGCAGCAACCGUGACUGCAGCAACCACGACUACAGCAAUCACGACUGCAGCAACCAUGACUGCAGCAACCGCGACUGCAGCAACCAUGACUACAGCAAUCACGACUGCAGCAACAACGACUGCAGCAACCACGACUGGAUCAGAGACGACUGCAACCAGCACGACUGGAGCCAGCACGUUUGCGCAGAUGGCUGA